UCCAGGCUUGCGUGUGUCUCUCCGUCCAGCCAAUCGGCAGGAGCCAAAGAGAGCUCUUAAAACCGGAGCCGUGCCGGAGAGACACAGAUCCAUAGGCAACCUUGGCUCACAAACGGUCCCGGCGGGUUGCUAAACAGACUUCAAACUGCUGGGUUUGCAUUCAUUUUUCUACGACUUUUCAUCUCUGAAAGAAGAACAGCCCUUCAUAUAUCUACAUAGUUUCCUAUUUCUUGAAAUUGGACACAAAAGGGUGGAAAAAACAGUGAUAAAGGCUCAGCUUCCGAAGACCGUAGAUUUCAUUUUGUUACACCGAGAUUCGGAGCAAAAUAGAGUUCACAGUAAAAGAGAAAAAAGACAAAAAGGACUUGGCAAGAAGACGAGAAGGGAAAAAAAAAUCCCAGCCACUUAUUUCUGGAAAGAGGAUUUUUUAUUGUUCCGUCCAAGCGUCCGAAAAAGCAAACCAGAGCUUCAAUUUCAAGCAUCAAACUGACUGCAGACUCGUCUUUUCGGUGUCUACAAAUCCCAAACGGCACAUGUGAAGUAGUGAUGUGCAUCCUUUCUUUAGAGACAAAUAUUUCGUUUUCCUGACUUAAAAUGAACUUUCUCCCCUAAAGAUAUUACACUUCUGUUGUCGCAUCCCUCUCUUUUUUCCCAGUUUUGGAUUUGAUUUUUAUGUGUUACUCCAUGUUUGUUCUCGUGCUUGCCGCGUGUUGUAACCUGGCCGGCGCCAUGGAUGACUGGCCUCGUUUCGGCAGGUAUCAAGAGGAAAUCGUGUUUCCGGAAAGGACCAAUGCCUCUAUCUUUGACAACAGCCUGGACGGCGCUGCGCUCGCCGACGAACGCCUCUCAUUCCGCUUCCGAGCCUUUGGCGACGAUUUCGCGCUUGAUUUAGAGAAAGACGGCAGCUUCGUCACGGAAGGCUUGAUGGUGCAAUAUUUGGGCACGUCGGGAGACGGAGUCAACGGGCUGCUCGAGCAAGGCGCCUACUUCACCGGGACGGUGAACUCGGACCCCGAAUCGAUCGCCGCGAUCCAUUACAACGGGGUCUCUUUACUGGGGGUGUUGCAGUAUCAAGGUGCCGAGUACCACGUGCAGCCAUCCAACAUGGCAGGGGAAACCGGGGCCCACGUGGUGCGGAGGAAGGUCCUGGAGAAGACCGACGGACCCAUUUGCGGGGUGGGAUCCCCGACGCAAGACGACACGCCAACCCUCAAAGCGGAAGAGCGUCCGAGAAGAGCAAAGCGCUUUGCAUCCAUCCCGCACUUUGUGGAGACGCUGGUGGUGGCGGAUGAGGAGAUGGUGCGCUUCCACGGGGCCGGCCUCAAGCCCUACCUGCUGACCAUCAUGGCGGCAGCGGCCAAGUUCUUCCGCCACCCCAGCCUCAGGAAUCCCGUCAGUCUGGUGGUGACCAAGAUGGUCGUGAUCGGAGAGGCCGGAGACGGGCUGCAGGUCUCGUCCAACGCCGCCGAGACGCUCAGGAAUUUCUGCGCCUGGCAGAAAGGCCUCAACAAAGCCAGCGACAAGGACCCCGAGCAUUUCGACACGGCCAUCCUCUUCACCCGGCGGGACCUCUGUGGGCGCUCCAGCUGUGGCACGCUGGGCAUGGCGGACGUUGGCACCGUGUGCGACCCGGCACGCAGCUGCUCCAUUGUUGAGGACGACGGGCUCCAGUCGGCGUUCACCGCCGCGCACGAAAUGGGGCACGUCUUUAACAUGCUCCACGACGACGACAAGCACUGCCGGGAGCUGAACCAGCAGAGCAAGUCUCGCCACAUGAUGGCUUCGGUCAUGACCCCCGUGGACCCCAACGAGAUGUGGUCGCCCUGCAGCGGGCGAUUCAUCACGGACUUCCUAGACAACGGCCACGGUUCCUGCCUUUUGGACAAGCCCCACGAACCCCUGAGCCUGCCCGCGGUCUUCCCCGGGAGCAGCUACGACGUGGACCAGCAGUGCCAGCUGAGCUUUGGGCCCGACUCGCGCCACUGUCCCAACAUGCAGCUGCCCUGCGCCUCGCUCUGGUGCACCGGCCGCAUCAACGGGCAGUUCAUGUGCCAGACGAAAUACUUCCCGUGGGCCGAUGGGACGCCUUGCGGGGAAGGCAAGAGCUGCAUGAGCGGCCAAUGCAUCAGCAAAGUUGAGCUGAAGGCAUACAAUAUCCCAACACAUGGAGGCUGGGGCCGCUGGGGUCCAUGGGGCGCCUGCUCGCGCACCUGCGGAGGGGGCGUGCAAUACUCCACCCGGGAAUGCAACAAGCCCGUCCCGCGCAACGGGGGCAAAUACUGCGAGGGGAAGCGCACCCAGUACCGCUCCUGCCACGUCCAGGAUUGCCCCGAUGGGAACGCCUUGACCUAUCGAGAGCAGCAAUGCGCGGCCUACAACCACCGGACAGACAUGUUCAAGGACUAUCCAGCCCCAAUGGACUGGGUGCCUCGCUACAGUGGUGUGGCUCAAUGCGACCAAUGCAAGCUGACCUGCCAAUCCCAUGCGCUGGGCUAUUACUAUGUCCUCGAACCAAAGGUUGCCGACGGAACGCCCUGCUCUUCCGAAUCGAGCUCUGUCUGCGUCCAGGGACGCUGCAUCCACGCCGGCUGUGACCGCGUCAUUGGCUCCAAAAAGAAGUUUGAUAAAUGCAUGGUCUGCGGGGGAGACAACUCGGCAUGUGCCAAGAUCUACGGCUCCUUCACCAAACCUCAGUAUGGCUACAAUGACGUGGUCACCAUCCCCGUGGGUGCGACCCACAUCCUGAUCCGCCAGAGCAGCGGCUCCUCCUCAGCAAGCGACGGGAUCUACCUGGCCCUCCGCCGCCGGGACCACUCUUACGCUCUCAAUGGCAACUACGUCCUGGCACCCUCCGAGCAGGACGUCCACCUGCACAGCGGGUCGGUCCUGCGCUACAGCGGGGCCACCAAGGCCGUGGAGACCAUCGUGGGCCGGGGGCCACUGAAGGAGCCCCUGACGCUGCAGGCCUUGGUGGUCACGGACCAGAAGACCCCGCGGCUCAAGUACACCUUUUUCGUCCCCAAGGCUCCCAAGAGACUCUCGGACCAGUGGCUGAAACAGAAGGCCCGCAUCUUGGAGGUCCUACGGAGCCGGCGAGGCCACAAAUAGGGACGUUGUCCUAAUACUACGAUUCGGUAUGGAGACCCUUACCUCUGCGAGGAACUCGAAAGACAUUAGAAUUGCUAACAAAUGGAUACCAUUGGAGGUCUCUACUCAAGACCUGCUCUCGGUGCCUCAGGAUCUUUCCUGAACGGAGAGCGAGGGAGUAUUACGGGGAAGGAAUGAGCAAUUUAAGUUGCUUAUAUGGCCAACCCUUUCUGUCUCUCUUGCGCCAUGCGCCAACUACCUGACCCCAUUAACUUCAUAAGUGUUGAAGCAAAGGAUAGAGAGGUGGUUGUGCUUCUGAAGUUCGUUGUUGGUCUCCUAUCCAAGCACUAACCAGCGUUGACCAUGUUUACCUUCCAACAGCUACUUUUAGGGUAUUCUAGGCCUUAUAGGUGAUGAGCCAGACUCCAUAUUGGAUCCUAGUGAGAAGGAAAGCCUCUGGUUCCGAGUUUUGGGAAUGGAAGAACCAAAGGAAUGGAGGAUGAAGAGUGGAGAGUCCCAUCUACGAGGGCGUUUGUUCAAGAUCUCCCCCGAGCCACUUCCAAUGGCCUGAAACCAAAGCAGCUUGGCCCAGUCCUGAGUCCUUCUUCCUCCCAGCUUUGUAAGCCACUGUUGAGACCUCUUCGCUCGUAGAAGUCGGCAGGUUGUUCCAAAAGCUUCGGAAAUCAGAGUCUCAUCAUCUGAGAAAUGCUUCCUUGUUGGACAGAGGUGGCAGUAUUUCGAUGGUGCGAGGUUCGUCAGGUGAAUAAUAAGCGGCAUGCGGGAUAAUUUCCAAGCCAGAGGAGCAACAUGUGCGUUGUGAGCGGGUGCAUUGCCUUGCAGAAGGCGGGCGGACACCUUUGGCGAGCACGCCACGUGUCUCUUGUUUUGAUGUCCUCCCUCCCGAAACAUCCACAGCAGUGAAGCAUCGUCUGCCCCAGUGAUCGUGGCACCCUUGGUUAGAAAAUCCAUCCGUACGACUCCAUGCCGGUCACAAAAUACUGUCAACGUGACCGAGAGUUGGGCAUGUGCUUUCUUUGGAGGUGGGAGGAGCCACAAAUGGGCGGAGUUACGAGCUCUGAGGCAGGGCUGAGCUUCUAUCCCUGUCUUGAUGUGCCUACCAGGACAAAUGCUUCCAUUGUAUUGACUGGACUUGAGUCUCAAGAUCAUCAUGAUGGACUCAAUUUUGGGAUGAGUCUAUGACAGUGGUUCCCAACUUAUUUGGCCUUUCCAGAAAAAAUAUGACUCAGCGCCGCCUGGAAAGAGAGGUGUGGUUUAAAGGGGUGGGCGUGGCUCCUGCUCAAGAGGGCGGGGCUGAGCCUCUCCCCCAGUCCAAGAUGCAGGGCUGCGAGGGGAGGUGGGUGGGGCCACAAAUGGGCGGAGUUACAAGCUCUGAGGCAGGGCUGAGCUUCUAUCCCUGUCCUGCGGCGCCUACCAGGACAAAGGGGGCGGGGAUAGAGGGGGCGGGGCCUCUUCUCAAGUGCCUGACGGGGCUGAACCUCUAUACCCCGCCCCGUGUUCUAACAAGUGCCGCAGGGGAGGAAUACAGAGGCUCUUGCAAAGAGGCCCCGCCCCCACCCCUAGCUCCACCCUUUAGUCCUAAAAGGCCUCUCAGGAGAGGUAUAGAGCAGGGGUCCCCAAACUAAGGCCCGCGGGUCAUUGACCUGGCCCCUGUCCUAAACUUUAGACUUAGGGUUGUCGUAAGUCUACCUGGUCUUUGGAGGUCUCUUUCCUUACCUAUGGUCCUAUGAGAUGGCCUUUGAGGGUCCCUUUCCUUACCUAUGGUUUUAUGAAAUUGUCUAGAUGGCCUUUGGGGGCCCUAUUCCUUAUCUAUGGCCUUAUGAAACCAUCUAGAUGGUCUUUCAGGGUCCCUUUCCUUAUCUAUGGUCUUCUGAUGGCCUGAUGAGAUCAUCUAGAUGGCCUUUGAGGGUCCCUUUCCUUACCUAUGGUUUUAUGAGAUUGUCUAGAUGGCCUUUGGGUGCCCUUUUCCUUAUCUAUGGUCAUAUGAAACCAUCUAGAUGGCCUUUGAGGGUCCCUUUCCUUACCUGUGGUCUUAUGGGACCAUAUAGAUGGUCUUUGGUGGUCUUUUUGCUUACAUAUGGUCUUAUGAUGGUCUUUGAAGAUCUCUUUCCUUACCUAUGGUCUUAUGAGACCAUCUAGAUGGUCUUUGGAGGUCUCUUUGCUUACAUAUGGUCUUAUGAGACCAUCUAGAUGGUCUUUGGAGGUCUCAUGGUCUUACGAGAUUGUCUAGAACAGGGGUCCCCAAACUAAGGACCUCCAAGGUCAUUGACCUGGCCUCUGACCUAAACUUUAUAGACUUAGGGUUGACCUAAGUCUGAAAUGACUUGAAGGCACACAACAACAACAAUCUUAAUUUUGGACUAUUUCAUCCUAGUCCGGUCCCCCAGCAGUCUGAGGGACUGUGAAUUGGCCCUCCACUUAAUAGGUUUGAGGACCCCUGAUAUAGAGGCUCAGCCCUAUCUCAGGCUCUUGGAAGGAGGCCACGCCCCAACCCCUAGCCCCGUCCUUUAAUCCUAAAAGGCCUCUCAGGAGAAGUAUAGAAACUCAGCCCUGUCUCAGGCUCUUGGGAAGAAGCCCCGCCCCCAGCCCCGCCCUUUAGUCCUAAAAGGCCUCUCAGGAGAAGUAUAGAGGCUCAGCCCUGUCUCGGGCUCUUGGAAGGAGGCCCCACCCCUUUCCCUAGCUCCGUCCUUUGUGUCCCAACAAGCGUCUCAGGAGAGGUAUAGAUGCUCAGCCCUGUCUCGAGCUCUUGGGAAGAAGCCACGCCCACUCCUCUAGCACCGCCCCCUAACAGGCGGCUAGAUGCUCAGCCCUGUCUCAGGCUCUUGGGAAGAAGCCACGCCCCUCCCCUGGCCCCGCCCCCGUGUCGUAAUAGGUGCCAUCACCGCCCCCCUGGAUCGCUGCAGUGCCCACUUUGGUCUAUGAAAAUGAAAAAGUCCUCCUAGUUUCCAUGGCACGUUGUCAAUAGAGCUGGAGAGCAUUCAACUCGUUCCUGCUUCUGGGAAAGUGUGAGCACCCGGGGGACCCAGCCAGCAUGUGAAGAUGGUCUUGGGUGGUUUUUUCCACGGACCCCACACUCAUGUUGACAUUUUGGGCGAGGUGGAGAAGGGUUAUGUACGCGACGACGUUCCUCCACUUGCUGGAUGGUGUGUCCAUCAAUAGCAUCCCUGGAAUUGGACCACAUUGUCUGACCACAUUGGAAUGGACGACACCAGUUCUUGACUCAUCACCAUCAACCUCUUUCAUGUCAUCGAACGAACAUCUUCUUUCAAGUCAAGGAACUCCCACUGGGUCCAUUCCCAAACCUCACCCCACUUCGGCACUCGUAAAAUCGAGACCGUGCUCCGUUCCAAGUUGUCAAUUUGCACGUCACCUAUUGAGACUUAUAUCAUGACACACGUGCAGUUUCGGCGUCCUGCGAUGAACAGAGUCCGGGGAGAUCUUUAAUGAACGCCGCUCGUAUUUGAACCGGGACCGACGAUCCAUUGGUUCUGGAUCCCCGUCCAUUCCUGUAUUUUGUAUUUAUUGUUGUGUUUAUUUAUUCUCCACUCUGUGCUAAAAAAAAAAGAUACGUUCCUCGGCUCUCACUGGAAACGUGGCAUGUUUUCAGCACGCGUUUUCUUGGAAAGAAAGAAAACCAUGCCUGAAUCGGUGGCAGUGUCUACCUCAGUUUCGUAGCACUUCCCUCGCUUGUGGACGUAACCCUUUCCUUGUCCCGGUUGCUCUUGGCUUCGAAAUAAAAUAGCCGAGCGAUUAUUAGGCA